AUGCCCCCCGCCAAGUUCUCGUGUCCUCAUUGCGAAUGCGAGUAUACUCGCAGAGACUCGCUCCGCCGCCACAUCAAGCUGCACCACCGCGACAAGGAUCUGAAGCGCCUCCGCGCACUCGCCGCCUGCGUGAACUGCAAAGCACGCAAGACCAAAUGCGAAGGGUCCGCGCCGUGCGACUUUUGCUUGGAGAGAGGCUUGCAGUGCAAGUACGACAACGGCGGCGGCAGCGGCGCCGAUCAGGCGCAGCCGGAACCCGCAACCAGCAGCCAGACGACGAUCGACUGUACCAACUUGUGGUCGCCCGAGAUCGACCAGUAUGUCGAGGCCUACUUUGCGCGCUUCCACCCCACCUGGUCGUUCCUGCACAAGGCCACCUUUAGCCCGCGGCGGGAGCUGCCGUUCCUGGUGCAGGCCGUCGUUAUGAUUGGGCUGUGGGCGACGACGCAGCAGUCGGGCGCCCGGGAAGCCGCGAUAAAGCUGCACGAGAAAAUGCGGGUGUCGAUCCGGGAGCAACAGGAGGCAUGGCCCAUCGGCACGAGCCAAGCCAUCCUCCUGUUCCUUGUUUUCACCACCAUGCUCGAGACCCGGCAAGAGGCGGCGGCCCCAUCAACCCAAAACGACCGAGAUAUCCUUAUCGCCUUGGUGAAGAGCUGCCGCAAACGAGGCAUGUUCUCGCAUGAGAAUAUGAUUACCCAAUUCCGCGCUGUUGGCGCCAGACCCUACCACGCGACGCUUUGCGCUUGGGUGUCGGUGGAAGAAAUGAAACGAUUUGCAGCCGCUUUGUACCAGGUCUGGAGGCUGUAUGAACAGUCGGGAGUCUUGCCGGAAGACGAGGCGGAGCUGCUCGAGGACGAACACCUUCAAUUCCCCAUGCCCGAUGGCGAAUUUUUAUGGGACGCGGACUCGGAAGCUGAUCUGUUGAGAAGGAUAGGAGAAGAGAAGAGCCGUGGGGCAAGACCAUGCGAAAAGGAGAUGCAAUGGCUUGGGACUAGUUGGGAUGAUAUUCUGACGGACUACAUACGUCAGCGAGAAGCUGCGACGUAG